AUGUCCGGGAAUCCACCUGGGGACCUCUCUGGUGACCACGUGGAAGCCAGCGAGCCCACUUCAGAUGCCGCCGUGACGGACAAGCCUGAAAGCAUGGACGUGGCUAAAGAGUCCAAGCCACAGCCCGUGUACCCUCAAUACCUAUGCAUGCUCAGGCACAAUUUCAAACAAAAGCCCACACCCACCUUCCGCAUCACCAAAAGAUGCCAAACCCGCUACUGGAAACUGAAGAAAGAGAGGGCCAUGAAGAGAAGAUACAUCAAGCGGGCACAAGAGCGCGCUCUGAGGGACGAAGCCGAUAGUGGGAAAAGCAAGCGAGAUAUCCUCAAGGAGUGGGCCGAGGAGGAUACUGUUGUUGCUAAGUGGCAACGGCAGAUCGAUGCUGCUCAAAAGCGGUAUGAGCGUAAGCGGAAGCUAUUGGGUCAGCGUUCUCUUCCAAAGAAGGAGGAAGAUGAGACGGAUACCGAUGACUGGGAGGCUGAUUUCCGCCUGCACGAGGCAGUGAAAGAGGUACUGAGAGAGGAGGAUGAGGAGGCCGAGAGAAAUGCUAAUAAGGGCAAGGAUAUGGACGAGGAAAACAUCAAUAUGGAUUCAUACGAAGAGGCUUCUCUGCCGAUUCGAACAAAGAAUUCGUAUGGAUGGUGA